AUGGCAGGAAUCAACACUCAAACAAUACCAUUUGAAGCUCUCCCCUUGGACCCUAAAGGCCCUCCAGGAAAUGCCUGGGGACGAUUCGGACCUAACGAUGAGUUAGGAACACUGAAUCUCCUCACACCGGAAGUAAUUGUGGAGGCAGCGAAGGAGAUCAAGACGGGAGUGCGAAUUUCACUGGACUGGCCGCUCAGCAUGCCUUCAUAUCCAAGCUUCAAUCGAAAUCCGUUCAAUCAAGAGCUUGUGCUGAGGAAUCCAAACUGUGUUUAUGACGACAUCUUGACAUUUAAUAGUCAAGGAUCUUCUCAAUGGGAUGGAUUCAGACACUACGCUAAUCAAAAGAUGCGGAAGUUUUAUAAUGGACAUACAACGGAUGAGAUUGAGAUUUCAGAUGUGAUCGGUCUUCAUGCGGUUGCUGAGCACGGAGGUAUGACUGGCCGUGGUGUGUUGCUAGAUUUUGCCGACUGGGCUGCAACAAACUCAGUCUCAGUCUCAGCACUCCAGUCCGAAGCAAUUACCCUAGAAAACCUCAAGCAAGUUGUAAAAGACCAUAAGCUUGAAUUCAGACAGGGUGACAUCCUAUUGAUCCGCAGCGGAUUCACCGCGGCCUACAACAAUUUGAGCGAACAGCAGCGGAUUGAGAUGCCAAAUCGCCCAAAUCCAGACUUCAGCGGAGUGGAAGCAACCGAGGGAAUGGUUAGAUGGUUAUGGGAACAUCAAUUCGCUGCUGUUGGUGGAGAUGCACCUAGUUUCGAACGAGCUCCAAUCCGUGGUGCCCAUGCGGACCCCAACUUCAAUCUUCAUGAGUGGGUUUUGGCUGGAUGGGGUACCCCGAUUGGUGAGAUGUUUGAUUUGGAGAAGCUCUCGGCGCAUUGCAAGGCUACAGGGAGAUAUAAUUUCUUCCUGUCAAGUAUGCCCCUGAAGGUUGUUGGAGGAGUGGCAAGUCCCCCAAAUGCGUUCGCUAUUUUUUAA